CAUCGCACUUUUCUUUACUGUCUACUAAUUAUCCACAAAGUUAUAUACUCAAAAAAAUGACUGUCAAGACUUAUACCAUCUUCCCCUCCAACAAAUACAACCUCCCACCUCCACCAUCGGUCAUUGUACUUCAUGGCUUGGAUCUUAUGAAUCCACCCUCACAAAUUCAAAACCGCCGGUUCUUUCACCCCUCAACCAGGCCUUUUUCUGAAGUGAUCGAGAAACUGACAUCCUCUCUUGCUGAAGCGCUCGAGCUGUAUCCACCAGUUACAGGAACGGUCCGUACCAAUGAAGGAAAGGAUGAGAUCUACAUCGCACUGGAUCCUGCAAAUAUCCAGGGUACACCUUUUCUGGUCGAAACAAAAGAUACUCCGUUUGUCGGCGAUACGGACGAUGUAUCUCCCCGAAAUGACCAGAUUCUCCUUCCAUUAGCAAAGAUUUUGAUGGUGAAAGUAACUCAGUUUUCAUGUGGAACCAUAGCCGUAGCUUCCUCCAUAAAUCAUGAAGUUACUGAUUUACGCGGCUUUCUCGAUUUCCUUGAACUUUGGGCUCAAAUUGCUCGAGGCGAACCCAUCGAUUUUAAAGAUAUUCCAAAUGAUUGGUCUCAUAAUCCUGGUCAAUAUUUCUCUGGCCUGUUCAAGAAUUCAACAGGAAAGACGCUUCCAUCUCCUCCUCCUCCACUCAAGGUUGUUCCUGCUCAGGAGGCGGGAAUAUGUCCGUUUUUCUUCCAACCAUCAUUUGUUUCACGAUGGAGAUUCACCAAAAACACUCUUGAACAGCUAAAGAGCGACUUCUCACCCACUUCUGGUGAUCUAUGGAUCUCAACAGGUGAUGCAUUAUCUUCCCUUAUUUCUGGUGUCAUCACCCGUGCUCGCGAAAAGACAAUCGUUGAAAGACUGGAGGGAAGGUCUAGCUCCGAGUCCCAGAUCGAGCAAGUGGCGAUGGCAGCUAAUGGUCGAGAAAGAGCUCCUCAAGGAAACAUGUCAAAACAAUACUUUGGGAACUUCAACACCUUAUGGAGUGCUGCUGUCUCUCGUCCUGAUCUACUCUCCCCGACAUUCGAGGCAGCUUCUCGUGUUGCUGUCGCCAUUCGAACUGCCUUGAAUGUUCAACUCUCAGCAGAAGCCAUUGCCAACAAAAUUGCAUUUUUCGAAGACCCUAAAAACAGUAAGCUCCCUAAUCGUAUUGUCUGGGUCGCAGAUAUGGUAUUGACGAGCUGGUGCCAAUUUGACUUGAAGGGGCCGAAAUUAGAUUUUGGAUGGGGAAAACCUUUUGCUGCAACAGCCGGUAAUGGUGCAUACUUUCCGCCUGGAUACAGUGUCAUGAUACAGGAGAAGGAUACAGGAGAUAUUUAUGUUGUACUAGGCGUAGAAACAGCAGGUGCAGAAGAGCUGAAGGCUGACCAGUUACUAAACAAAUAUGCAACGAUGCUCCCAGCUUAA